AAAGUAGAUAGUUUAUUUUCUGGUACCAAACAAUUGCAUGAAUCCUAUAUUUCAAUGGCGGAAACCUUAAGCCCUAAUCCAACGAUGGCCCACAAAAAGAGGGUUCCCAUGUCCGCUCGUAUGCAGUCUCCGACAAGUGCCUUCUUCAUGGGCUCCAACGACGACCAGCUCGAACGGGCCCAGGCUCGUGCAGCCCGCGCCGCUGCCAUCCGCCACAACUCCAUUGCCGUCAACUUCCAUUCGCACCCUCCCAAGUCUCCUUCCUUUCUCAACAAGCACCAGAUUCUCGAGUUUUUCCACAACUGCAUAAAGCUCGCUUCCGAAAAUAAAAUUAAUCAGAAAAACACGUGGGAGUUGGAUUUGAUCGAUCAUCUCACUGAUAUUAUUAGGGUUGAAGAAGGGAAUCACGUGGAGACUAAUUUUCAAAUAGCAAGCUGCACUCUUGAAGCUGGAGUCAGAAUAUAUUCCUUGAGGGUGGAUUCGGUGCACUCGGAUGCAUAUAAAGUUCUGGCUGGAAUGAAUAGAGCAGGCCAAGAUACCCAGGAAGGCGCUACUUUAGGGAGUGUUAAUACUGAAAAUGGAGAGGCAAGCAGGAAGGAAGUUGAGAAAAAGGUUAAUAAUCUAGAUCAUUGGAUUGAGAUCAUGCAUUUUGCUAACUUCAAGCGGUGUUUGUCCAUGCAGUUGUCGCAUUUGUCAACAUUGGAAUCAUCUUUUGAGGUUCUUAAUGUAAAGAAGUUUGACGUUGCAUUUGCGGUGGAUCCACUCUAUCACCAUACAUCAGCAAAAUUUGAUGAAGGUGGAGCCAAAGGCCUUUUGAUGAAUAAUCUUGGUGUAUAUGGUAAAUGUAGGGUGCUCUUUGAUUCACUAGAAGUGCCGCCGAAGUGCAUAACUAGUCAAAAUGAUCAUGAUAUUUCAGAUACAAUUGAUCUUUCUUUCGCUAGAGAUUGUGUUGAACAGAUGAUAUUGAAUAUGCAUACGAAGGAUGCAAUCUCUCCAACUCUCAGGAUAAUAGUAAACCAAUCUGAUGAAAAUAAUGGAAGGCCUUUUGAUUUUCAAUCUUCUGGCGAGAAAUCAGCUGAAGAGUUUGAUGCCGCUAUUGAUUGUGAACUUGCCAUUGGAAAAAAAGGAUAUGAGAACUGCUCAUCUUGGAGUUAUGAUCACGAUAGCCAAACAUUUGCUGCUGAAUGGGGCUUUAGUGACGCAGACCCUAGUUUUCCAAGUUACCAUGAGGAAAAAGAACCUAAUAUGGAUGAUAUAUUUGACAAUGUUGAUGGAUAUUUAUUUUUGAGUCUGGGUUUUAGGUCAAAGAAAAAUUCAUGGGCAGGCGCUGAUCAUUGGAAAUAUCAAAAAGUUCAAGGCUCAACGUCAAAGGUUCGUUGUACUUCCGAGGAUAAGUUGAUGAUUCAGAAAACCAGGCAGCCAAGGACAAAGAGAGAGGUCAAAGUUGAUUUAGAAUUCACUAGUUUUCUGGAGGAAAAAAUACCUGAUGUUUUUUCUCCUCCCAAGAAUCCGAAAUCAUUACUGGUCUCAGAAAAUAUAUCACCUUGCGUUACAAAACUUCCAGAGGACUGGCACUACGAACCAGAGGAUCUUAUCAAUUUAUUUCUUUUGCCUCAUGUAAAGUGUAUUAUGAGGAGAGCGAGAAAGGUACCAGAUGUCUUAGAAGAACAAUGCUAUAAUAACGAACCAUUCCCUUCCUGGGAUAAUGGAAGUGUUUGUGAUGGUGAUGUCACUGAUGUAAAUAAUGACACGGAAGACUCUAGCACACUUAUUUCUCUGCCUCGUCAAAUCAAUAAAAUCGAAGUCCAGUAUGACAAAACAUCCAAACAAGUCAAUGUGCAGGCUCUGAAAAUAACACUUUGGGACCAUAUUCAAGAAUGUAUUCAACUUCCGUUUCAGGGUCACAGAGAAAAGGUAUCUUUCAGGCAUAUAUUGACAAACUUUCCAAGUAAAUGUAAUGCUGCUGCAACUAUUAGUGACAUAUCUCCACAUUUGUGUUUUAUAUGCCUAUUACAUUUGGCUAAUGAGAAGGGGUUGAGCAUCCAAAGUUGCCCCAACUUGGAUGAUCUUAGUAUAUGCCUACUUGAUGAUGGUGCCACUACCACCAGAACAAUUUAGAUACUGCUUCAUUCAACUAUAGCUUCACUUCAGGAGAAAGGAAAUAUGUUGACUAGUUUA